AUGACAACAUCUGAUAUUCUCAUCAAAAUCGCCAGUUUGGAAACACAGUUGGCCCACACCACCGACAAGGUGAAGAUGAGGGAGAAUGUGAUAGAGCAAUUAGAAGAGGAGAUCAAAGCAAAAGAGCGCUUGAUUUACGAACAGAGUCAUCUCAUUUCAAUACUCGAGAGCGAUACGUCGGAUAGUAAGUUCGAUGCGGAAUCUAUGAGUAGUGAUAAUGAGAUUACCAUAAUCGAGAAUGUGCGUUUCUCUCCAACAACUUCUAAAUGCAGACUCUCCCCUCACAACGACGAAUAUGGAUACAGGGAUAGAUUAGAACAGGCACUAGUAGACCGAGAACGUCUGGAAUUACAAAACGAACAGUUAUUGAAACAAUGGGAAGAUGCCCUAGAAUAUGUGUCCAAGGUACAAAAACAACUUCAAGAUGAACUUCGUAGGAAUUCGCAGUUGAAAUGCGAGAACUUAGAGUUGCAGAAGAGUUCAAACGAUUGCAUUACGAUUUCGUGGAGUUCAUUGCAACUGAUUGUUGUGAUAUCAACAAUCAUCGCCUAUUAUUUAUAUUCGAUUUGA